ACCGGACCCCGCGGAGGGCAGAGCCGGGAGAGGAGGGAGAGAAGGCGGUUGAGCAGAGCGCGGCGGCGAGAGCCAUCCAGGUCGCUCACUGCUCUCGGGUGUUGGCUCACGUUGUGGUUUUGAGAAAGCCUGAGGGCCAGAAAGCAGUCCUGGGAGAAGCCCUCUGGGUGGGCAUUCGGAACCUUCAGGUCCAGAGGAGAAGCCGUCCCCUCACCUGGACUUAUGACCCGCGGCUUCGCCCCCAACCUGCCUGUCGAGUUCCCCAAGAUGGGCUCUUUCCGCAGGCCCAGACCGCGCUUCAUGAGCUCCCCGGCGCUCAGCGACCUGCCCCGCUUCCAGGCAGCCCGCCAGGCUCUGCAGCUGAGCUCCAACUCGGCCUGGAACAGUGUCCAGACUGCCGUGAUCAAUGUCUUUAAAGGGGGCGGCUUGCAAAGCAAUGAGCUCUACACACUGAACGAAAACAUCAGGCGGCUGCUGAAGAGUGAACUUGGAUCGUUCAUUACAGACUAUUUUCAGAACCAGCUUCUAGCAAAAGGACUGCUGUUUGUGGAGGAGAAGAUUAAGCUGUGUGAAGGUGAAAAUCGCAUUGAGGUUCUGGCUGAAGUCUGGGACCACUUCUUCACUGAGACUCUCCCCACCCUGCAGGCAAUAUUCUAUCCAGUUCAGGGCCAGGAGCUGACCAUCCGCCAGAUCUCCCUGCUGGGCUUCCGCGACCUGGUCCUGCUGAAGGUGAAGCUGCAUGACUUGCUGCUGCUGGCCCAGCCCCAGCUGCCCUCGUCCAUCGUCCAGAUGUUGCUCAUCCUGCAGAGUGUUCACGAGCCCACAGGCCCAAGCGAGGGUUAUUUGCAGCUGGAGGAGCUGGUGAAGCAGGUCGUUUCUCCUUUCCUCGGCAUCAGCGAGGACCGCGGCGUCUCAGGCCCCACGUACGCACUGGCCAGGCGCCACUCCAGGGCCCGGCCCAAGGUCACGCUGUUGAACUACGCCUCCCCGAUGACCACCGUUAGCCGGCCCCUGAACGAGAUGGCCCUGACCCCUCUGACGGAGCAAGACGGGGAGGCCUACCUAGAGAAGUGUGGCAGUGUCCGGCGGCACACGGUGGCCAAUGCCCACUCGGACAUCCAGCUGCUGGCCAUGGCCACCAGGAUGCACUCGGGCUUAGGGGAGGAGCCUGGCGGCGAGGACAAGUGCCUGCUUCUGCCACCCAGCUUCCCGCCGCCCCACCGGCAGUGCUCCAGUGAGCCCAACAUCACUGAUGGCCCCGAUGAGCCGGAGCGGGUGGCAGCGGUCAGCCAGGAGGACUCAGAGCUGAACUGUGCAUCCCUCAGCUGAAUGCCCGCCUCUGGGACCUCCCAGCUCCUGCCUGGCCACCAGGAUGAGGGCGGCUUCAUCGCCGAGGGGAGCUCUUCCUUUGGGCGAUGCCGCCUUAGGCCUUUCCGGGUACAGGCUAGUCUGAGCGCCCUAGGGAAAAUCCCCGUCGUGAGCCUCUCCAUUUUCGUGACUGUGACCACCUACCUCUGGGCGGCCACACAGAUCCAACUGCUUAAUGUUCACCUUCUGACUUUCAGCCUUGCCUGCCUGACUCAACUCAAAUCCUCCUCUCUGGGCUUUUCCCCUCAGAUAUUGGACUAUCUGACCCUCCCAGCCCUAUAUCGCAGUGCCCCUGGCGUUCCUAUAGCAGGAAGUCGUCCGACCCACACACACAGCCAGCAAGGAUGUGUUGGCGUGUGGAGUUCCCCUUGAGGGUCCUUGUGAUACAGAGGCCGAUGGGUGAAAAGAGGCAAUAGAGAGGUACCUCUUCUCUCCGUCUUGUGUGGAGUAAAAGUAGACUGCAGCCCCUCCCAAGCCUGACUCUGGGAAUGCAGCUUUCAUUGCAGUUUCAGAAUUACUGGGAAAGAGUGGCCCCACUGGUGGGUGAGGGUCCAUCCUCACCUAUAUCCAGACCCUAUGUGCUGCCUUUGGCUUUUGGCCCAGGAGGGCCACAGUGCUGGAGGAACCCCGUCUUUGAUUCAGCCUCAGCAUUCCCCUCUCAGGCUUCCUCCCCAGCUCAAGGAACUAACCUUCCCGGUGGAGUAGCUGGUGCCUUCCUCCCUUUCUCAUUUCAGAAACCGACCCUUUUCCUAUUGUGGGUAAGGGGCCAGCUGAUACCAACCAACCAGUCUGUUCCUGGAUUUGACUUGAAUUUUUAAAAUGUGCAUCGUUUCAAAAAUAAAUUGCUUGCAAGUAUUUGCACGUAGGAUCUUGCACCGCUCAUUUCCAAUGGGGUGUGUCUUCAAACUGAAAAAUAGCAAACCCCCUAGGAAAGGAGACUGGAAGUGGUCCAGGGUGAAAGUGAUCCGUGGUGGGCAGGGCUCAGAGGCCACAGAGCUCUGGAAGCAGCUGGACUUGAAUCCAGUGUGGCCUGUGUUUGUGAGUGUUGUGGUUUAUAGGAAAAGCUGCAUUGAGAUAGAGACUCAGCUUGCCUCAUGAGCAGAGAGUUCUAGCAAAUGGGAUGUCUCAGUGCUCUACAGUGCAGGGAGCCGGGAAAGAUGCGGGCAGGACCUUUUGGAGAGAUGUCCAUUCCCUGUGAUUAAAGAAGUGCCUGGAAUGUAUAACCUGUGGGGCCUUGAAAUGUUUUGGGGGGCAGCAGGCUUUGGUACUGUGCUAUAUAUAUCCUCAGCACUCCUCCCUCCAUCCAGGUCUGGGCUUUUUAUCUCCUUUGACCUCCCUGUUCUUUUUGUAUUUGCCUGUUGGCCCCACUGAUAACAGCUCCAGAAAGAAGAGGAGGCCCCUGGGCCCUUCAGGCACCUUCUAGGUAUCCUGUUAAUCUUUGGAAACUUUAUGAAAUGUCAGAGACAUGAGCCAGUUUGGCUUCCAACGUGGCAGGAGGUGGCCGGGAGAGAAUGAGGACAGUUUAAGCUGCUAACAGAGGAGGAAACCUUCUAAGCUCAUCUAAGCCUUGACAGCAUUUCCCUUCUGGGUGAAGAUUUGAAAUAUGACUAGAGUCAUGCUUCUGAUGGCUUUUGAUUUGGAAAUUUUGUUUAAAAAGUUGUUUUGUUUUCAUCCUUUUAAGAGAUUGAUGGAAGAGAAAUGUCCAAAGGAGAUCUUCUGAGAAUUUCAAACAAAAAAUAAUCUGUGUAUGUGUUGGAUAAAGUCCACAAAUUCACUAACAGGUAUCAGUAGGUAACAACAUGAUGAUUUAUUUAACUGAUGGCUUCUGUCCUUAUUGGUGCACUUAGCA